UUAUGACAACACCACGUAGCUUCCGACGUCACAUGGCGCGAGGGCGCAUGCAACCACGCGACGCAAGAGCUUAGAACUCUCCAGCGGCCUUGCCAUGGCCUCGCUGAGAGGCAGGGCGCCGGUCUGAUGGUCUCCGAAUGGCAGGAUGGCACAAAGAUUCUGUGAGAAUCGUCCGAAGCCCAUCAGCGCCGCCAGCGUCCAGAUUCCAGUGGCCGCAAUGCAGCAACAUGGCCGCCGGGGUGUUCCCAGCGCCCACGGUCACCUGGGCCCCGGGCCCAGUCGGCCCAGUCGGCCCAGUCGUCCCGAUACUUCCCCUGCAGCUGGCCCAAAGCAAUGGCCACGACGUGUCAGAGCUCUCCAGCAGCCUGGCAAGCUUACCUCGGCCAAGCAGGCUUGAUGUUGCGCCGGAAACGCGGCCUGCACGCAGCCUGCUGCCUCCACCAAGCCGGGGCUGCGGCGCAGUUGGCGCAGCAUGGCCGCUGCAGGCGAAUGGCCAAAGAUUGGAGUCCUUCAAACCGGCAAGAUCGGAGGCUUCUUCUGCCACGCUAGCCCAGUCCCAGGGAGAUCCUGAGCGAUACUUGAGACAGAUUCAAGCAGUGGGCAAGGUGCAUCAGCAGCAGCUGGAGAUUCUGCAGAGGCACCUGGCCUUAAUGCAGAAAGUUUGCGCGGGGCAAGCACAGCCCUCCUUCACAAGAGAGUUCGAGCUUUUGAAACAGCGGCAGCUGCAGCUGCUCAAAGAUGUCGAAGGCCAGCUGCGAGAGAUCUCUGAGGCGACCUUUGCCGCAGAAGUGCCAUCUCCAGCGCCAUCCCCCGUGCCACGAGUGCGUCCAAUACAUCCGGCACCAGUGCCAUCGCCAGUGCGGUCAGCGCGGCAUCCGAAGCCGGGUCCAUCGGCGCCCCCGUUGCCAUCAGACUUCCGGGUGCUCGUUGGCAAUGCUACCGGGCUGUUGGGCCGGGAGGUGAUGCGCGUACUGGGAGGACUGGGGCAGGUGAGUCCGUGGCAGGGGGGCCUGCAGCAGCUCCAGGACUUCCGGCCCCAAGCUGUGCUGCUGCUGGAGGCAGAGGCGGCUCUGGAGGCGUGUGAGGCUUUGGAGGCGAACGAUGGCCAUGGGCCUAACGAGCCUAACGGGCCCAAUGGGCCUGGGCCUGGGCCCAACGGGCCUGGUGGGCCUGGGCCCAACAGGCCUGGUGGGCCUGGACCCAACGGGUCUGGGCCCUGGGUGGUGGCGGUGAGCUCUGCGACGGUCUUCGAUGGGCUGCAGGCGCCAUAUGGGGUGGACGCGGAGCCGAGGCCGGUGACGCAGCUAGGACUGCAGUGCCUCGACCUGGAGCAGCGCGUGCUGAACCUCCGCCGCUCCGCAGUCCUGCGGGUACCCUCCCUCUACGGCCCGGUGCAUGCGCUCGGCGAGUCACCAAUCACUCGUUUGCUUGAGGACCUGCAGCACGGACGGCGGGAGUUUGACGAUGGUCAGCCGUGGUAUCCCACCUGGGCCGGCGACGUCGCCUCGGUGCUGCGCUUCUUGCUGCAGAGUCUCGUGGCGGGGGAUUUGCGCGGAAUUUACCAUUGGCAGGGCCCAGAUCGCUUGACCGAGUUCCAGAUGGCCAAGCAGCUGGCCGAGGUCGCGAGCUUGAAGCUCCCGAUCCUGCCGCGCCAGCCCAAAUGCCUCCGUGACCGGAGCCUGGACUGCUCCAGGCUGGCGCGCUCCUUCACCAUGUCCACCCCCUUCGCCGAGGGGGUGAAGAGCUUGAGGCUGACGCCGCCGACACCUCCAGGUUCCCUGCAGUGGGCCAGGUCUGAACAGCACGUGUGAGCGGCUCCGGAG